AUGGCUUUUAUCAAGUUUCCUAAGAUCUACAACACCUACUUUGUGGCCUUUAUUGCCACGGUGGGUGGGAUGUUGUUUGGGUUUGAUAUUUCCUCUAUGUCCGCGAUUAUUGGUACCAAACAGUACAAUGACUUUUUCAACAAACCCGCAGGUGUUACCCAAGGCGCCAUUGGUUCUGCGCUCGCAGCUGGUUCGGUGGUAGGAUCCAUCAUUGCAGGUCCUGUGUCCAACAAAAUUGGAAGAAGAGAUUCGAUCAUGUUUGCCUGCCUCUUUUGGCUUUGUGGUACAGCUGUACAGACGGGGACUUCAGGCAUCGGUUCUUUGAUCGCUGGUCGUGUCUUGAAUGGAAUUACCGUGGGCAUUACCAGCUCGCAGGUUCCUGUCUAUCUUGCGGAGAUAAGCCGGAAGGAAAAGCGCGGCGCCAUUAUCAUCAUCCAGCAACUUGCCAUCGAAUGGGGCAUCUUGAUUAUGUACUUUAUUGGAUACGGAUGCAGCUUUAUCGACGGUCCAGCAAGUUUCCGAACUGCCUGGGGCAUUCAAUUUGUCCCGUGCGUCUUCUUGAUGUGUGGACUGCCCUUCCUGCCACGCUCUCCUCGUUGGCUCGCCAAAGUCGACCGAGUUGAUGAAGCCAUCAGAACAUUGGCCAAGAUCCAAGCCAAGGGGGAUAUCACCAAUCCCCUCGUGGUGGCCGAAUGGGAAGAAAUCACCACCACACUUGCUGCAGAAAGGCUCGCUCCCGCGGGUUGGCGCAAGUUUGUACUCAAUGGGAUGUGGAAACGCACCCUCGCAGGCUUUACAGUUCAAAUGUGGCAGCAAAACUCAGGCGCGAAUGUUAUGACCUAUUAUGUGGUCUAUAUCUUCAUGAUGGCUGGGCUCACUGGAAACAUCAACUUGAUCGCCUCCGGUGUGCAGUACGCGCUGUUCAUCAUCUUCACGACUAUCAUGUUCUUCUACAUUGACAGGACCGGGCGCAGACCACUCCUCAUCUACGGUGCUCUCGCGAUGGGUGCGUGCCAUUUUGUGGUUGCUGGUAUAUUGUCCACUGGAGAAAACGUUCCUGGUGGCGUUGGUGGAAAUCCGAAUGUGGUUAUCAAAGUCACGGGCGCAAGGGCCAACACAGUCAUCGCAUUUUCCUACCUCUUGAUCAUCAUCUACGCGCUGACCCUCGCACCAGUUUGCUGGGUAUAUGCUGCCGAAGUGUGGAGUCUGGAAACCCGUGCCACCGGAAUGGGGAUUGCAGCUCUGGGGAAUUGGCUCUUCAACUUUGCUCUUGGGCUCUACAUUCCUCCUGGGUUCCAGAACAUCAAGUGGGGCUUGUUUAUUGUCUUUGGAUGCUUGUGCGUUCUCGGGGCAAUCCAGUUCUACUUCACCUAUCCCGAGACAUGCAACAAGUCGCUGGAGGAAAUCGAGGAGAUGUUCUCGCAUGGUGGACCCCGGCCAUGGCACACUAAGCCAGGCGAUUCCAGACUUGACAGGAUGGUGGAGACAGCCCGUGAAAAGCACUAUUCCGUGGAAGACGUCAAACGCGACUUGAAGGCUGAUACGACUGACCAUGGCCAUCAUGUCGAAAUUACCUCAGAGCAGACCGAGGAGCAGCAGGUGAAGGUGUAA